AUGAAAUUCGUUGCCCUCAGCAUGAAGCUCAUCGCUCUUGCGCCCCUCGUCGCACUAGCGGUACAUGCGCUGCCGACUAGUGGUACUCGAGGAUUUACUUUGAAGCGUGGUGACCUUGUCGAUGACACUCCAGAUAUCUACAAGCGCGAGGGCCUCGUCGAUGACACUCCAGAUAUCUACAAGCGCGAGGGCCUCGUCGAUGACACUCCAGAGGUCUACAAACGUGGCGACCUGGUCGAUGAUACUCCGGAGUUCUACAAACGCGAGGACCUUACUGAUGAUACUCCCGAGAUUUACAAGCGUGAGGGUCUCGUCGACGACACACCUGAGAUCUAUAAGCGUGCGACAAAACGCGAGGACCUCAUCGACGACACUCCCGAGAUCUAUAGGCGGAGCGACCUUGUUGAUGACACUCCUGAAAUAUACAGGCGCGAUGACCUUGUGGACGACACCCCGAGCGUAUACAAGCGCGGAGAUCUUGUCGAUGACACUCCCAGCGUGUAUUGA